CCCACUUAUAUCUGUCUACUUACCUCCUUAUUUCAUUAUUAAAAAGAAUAUUAUCCUCAAAAAUAACACACCACUUUAUCGAUUCCGUUAUUAAAUGCAGGAUACAUUCCGUUAUUAAACGGAGUACUACUAUUUGUACAUAAAUAGCAGCUCACCUCCGUACGGAAUCUCAAACAGCUCCUCCAAUUUUGCAUGACUCUUUCCCCCAAUUCCACCCUUUUCAACCCUUUCUCAACUUUCAUCGAUCAAUUCAAUUCCAUCUCCAUAAACACUGAGGAAACAUGGCAGGCUUCUCGAUGAGACGCCGCGUCGCGUCAAUUUUCCGGCGGAGAGCAUCACGGCCGCACCGCCGCCGGCGCCUCUGCGGGCUGAUCGGGUGGGGGGCGCGAAAGCUCGGGUGGAGAGCGAAGGCAGCGCGAUACGGGCGGGUGGAGAGGGAUCCGAUGCUGGAGAAGGCCUCGGCGGUUCCGAAGGGGCAGAUGGCGGUGUACGUGGGGCAGAGCGACGGCGAGUUCGAGAGGAUUCUGGUGCCGGUGGUGUAUUUCAACCACCCGUUGUUUGGGGAUUUGUUGAAGGAGUCCGAAAACGAGUUCGGGUUCAAUCAGCCGGGCGGGAUAACCAUACCCUGUCGGAUCUCGGAGUUUGAGCGUGUUCAGACCCGGAUUAAGUCGGGUCACCCUACCCGGAUGUGGAAGACUCUCAAAUUUUGAAUUUGAUGAUUGAUGUCUGACUGACUAUACAGAUUUGUAAUUAGCUUACCUAUCUUUAUUUGAAACAUGCUUUUCCCCAUUUCUUACUCUUGGUAUGUUACCCAAUACAUCGGUACGUAAA